AUGAACAAGCCGCCAGCCGAGCAUGAGUACAUGCUAGCCGACGAGAGCGACCGGUCCGUCAGCAGCAUUCGGAAAUCGCCUGCAAAAGAAUGGGUGCCGGCCUGGCUGCGCAAGGCUCGUCUGUUGCCGCUGGCCGCUUACUGCAUCGUCUUCGCCGCGGCGCUGGAAGCCUUGGACAUUGCAGUCCGACGAGACCAUGGCUUGCCUGCCGACGCCAAACACUCCCGGAGCAUCACCGCCGCCAGAUACGUGCCCACGGUCGGCAUCGUCGUCCUCGGCUUCGCGUGCAAAGCCAUCGCCAGCGACGCCAAGCGGGUCACGCCCUGGGCAUCCAUGUCGCGCAGAUGGUCCAAGAGCUCGCACUCGGUGGCGCUCGACUACAUCAACAGCAUCGAAGUCUUCUCCAUCUUCACGUCGGCACGGAGGGGGCACUGGGCCGUCUUCAUCGGGCUGGUCGUGUGCUUCAUCUGCGGCGGGCUGGUCGCCGUGGCCAACGCCCUGACCUACAUCAACCUGUUUGCCUCGUCUUCGGAGCCGGCCACCUUCAACAAGGCAACCACCUUCGACUUCGACGGCACCCUGGAGAACACGGCCAACGAGUCCCUGUCCAUCGCGUACACGUAUGAGGGCCAACAGCCAUACGCUGCCGUGUACGCUGAAAUGCUGCCCAACGGCCGGUCUGCCGCGUGGACCAAGGACAGCUACGUCUUCGAAUCCUUCACCAACACGUCGGAGCUGCCCGAAAACGCCACCAUUGAGGCGGCGACCAACGCACUGUACUCGGGCUGGACCUGCACGUCCAUCGACUUCAAGGAGGAGUACAACGACUACGAGCUCGUCUUCAACGCGGAGACGAGCAAGCAGCCCGAGCUGAAGUGCGCUCAAGACGUGCAGAUAGAAUGGUCACAGGGCUUCGACAUGAACAAAAAGACGCUGGGCUUCCUCAACGUCACUGCCUGUGGCGAUGACAACAAGUCGGACCUUCGCCUCAUCUCGAUGCUCGGGCAACGAGUCAACUCGACGGUGGUGCAGCCGAAGAACGGCACCGACACGUUCAACACAACCCUCGUGGGCGUCAUGUGUUCGCCAUCCUUUGCCCUGCACGAGGCCACGGUCAGAGUCAACGCGUCCACCGGCGAGGUGGCCGACUACCGGCUGGGGUCGGCAGCGCCCACUCCGGUAGACAUCAAGACAUCGAUGAACGCCCUCUACAUCUACCUGAACAACCCGGUCGACGGCCGAAGCCAAGAGGCUUUUGCAAACAACUACCUCGGGUGGACGCUCAACACAAAGCCGCAAGCCAACCUGACGUAUGUCGCAGCAGCGGCGGGAUACAUGAUCAAGACAUACUACGUGGAUCCCUUCUCGUCGCUGCUCAUGAACGACCAGGCGGCGCUGGAGAUCGGAUCGUACCUAGGGCAUCCGAAGAAGCACGAGGCGGCGGUGGAGCAGCUGGCAAACCGCAUCAUGGCGCAGGUGAUCAACUCGCUCGCGCGCACCAACCUCACGGGCAGCGUGGACGGGCGGCUCUGGACCGCGGGGCCGAAAAUGUUCCUCCGGCAGGCGGCGCUGCGGGCGCUUCAGGGCCUGCUGCUCGUCGUCGCCAUCGUGUGCCUUCUCCAGGGCACGCUGCUGAGACCCAAGACGGUGUUGCGCGAGGAUCCCGGGUCCAUCGCGGCCAAGGCGGUCGUGCUGGCGGCGUCGGCCAAGGCGGUGGAGAAGACGUUUGCGCGCGAAGCCGUGUCGUCCGAGUCGUCGAUGGAACACGUCCUGGCCUCCAAGGCGUGGCGGCUGCAGCACACGGCCACCGGCGCCGUCAUGCUGGAGGCGUCCAAGCAGGACCAGCACGCGGCGCUGCACCCCGUGCCCUCGCACGCGCCGGGCACCAACUCGCACGACGGCUUCCAUCCGGUGGCGCUGCAGGCGUGGGCCAAGCUGGCGGUGAUUGGGGCGACGGUGGCCGUCAUGGCGGUGCUGGCGGUGCUGAUGGCCCUCUCGCGCGCCCACGACGGCAUCUGCCGCGACACGCCCACCGUCGCCGACGCCUUCGCCUUCGUGCCCACGGUCGUGCUGCUGCUGCUGGGCUACGCCUGCUCCGGGCUCGACGGCGCCGUGCGCACCAUGGCGCCGUACAAGAGCCUGUGGAAGGGCGUGUCGGCCAAGAAGCAGCCGCUGCUGUUCAACUUCCGGGACUACCCCAGCCUGCUGGCCCCCUUCCGCGCCAUCCGCAACGGCCUGGGGCUCGCCGUCGCCGCCUCGUCGGCCGUCGUGCUCAUCAUCCCCGCCGUCAAGAUCGUCACCGCCGGCCUCUACGGCGUCGUCGUCGUGCAGGCCACGUACGCCAUCCAGCCGCUGGUCGACACCAGCCUCGUCGACCACCUCGAAGACACGUUCGGCCUGGCCCUCGACACGGCCGCCGAGUCGUACAGCUACACGUCGGGCUACCUCUGGAACAUGACCAUGGACCUCAACGCCAACGUGCAGACGGCCUCGCAGUUCACCGAGUGGACCAUGAACCCGGACUUCGACAUCCCCGUGCGCUCCGGCAUCCUCGACAACCUCGUCUUCAGCAACCUCACCGGCCUCGGCGACUUCGCCAACGCCGACGGCCUGGACGUGUCGGCCGGCGAAAUCACCGUCAACGUGCCCGCCAUCCAGGUCGACGUGACGUGCAGCUACGUCGAGCUGGCCGCCGCCGCCUACUACCAGAACUGCUCCAACGGCCAGCCGUACUUCCAGUUCAGCGCCUACUGCGCCACCGCCGCCUGCAACCAGACCAUGAACCUCACCGACUCGACCUCGGCCACCCUCGGCCCGCUGGCCAACUCGCAGGCCGUCUGCCAGAACGCCACGAACCGCUUCCAGGGCGAGACGAGCAUCGGCUACGACCAGCGCUACGUCGUCUCCCUCGCCGACUUCACCCCCAUCACCACCUACAUCACCAACACCACCGUCUUCUCCAACGUCACCCAGCACGUCACCGCCCAGGACUUCAACACCACCGGAGGCCUCCUCCCCUCCUGGCACACCGCCGUCUGCUACCGCAACCUCACCCGCAUCACCGUCGACGCCACCUUCUCCCGCAAGUCCUCCACCUCCUCCACCACCCUAUCCUCACCCGACUCCAACACCACCGCGGCCACAACCCCCUCCUGGAACCCCAUCCGCUACGACCCCUCCACCAUCUCCACCCUCUCCACCAUCCCCAACACCCCCUACUGGCUCGCCCCGCUCGCCAAGACCAAGGCCGGCGACCACUACAACCAAUACGACCAGUCGUCCGACACGCCGGGCCUGCUCGACUCGCCCUCGCUGUGGCCCACGCGCGGCAGCAGCACCAGCUUCUUCGAGCUGCUCGCCGCCUACGCCACGCACAACCUGCGCAACCUCUCGGCCCUGCUCGACGACGCCGCCCUCGCCCAAGCCGCCGCCGCCGUCUACACGAGCUACACGACCAACAUGCUGACGGAGCUGCGGCCCUGGGCGCUCAACGCGUCGACGUAUGGCGGUGAUUCGUCGUCGUCGUCAUCAGCUGCUGCCAACGCCAACGCCAACGCCAACGCCAACGCCAACGCCAACGCCACCCUCGCCCUCCCGCAGUCCCGCAUCGCGCAGGACCUCGCGUCCACGCUCGCCCUCGAGGCCUGUCUCGCCCUCAUGCUCGCGUGCUUCGUGUGGGUCGCCGUGCGCUUCCCGAACGAGGCGGUGCUGCCGAAGAGCCCGGGCAGCAUCGCGGCGGUGGCGAGUCUGCUGGCGGGGAGCGGGUUGGUGGAGGGGUUGAGGGGGAGGGGGGUGGGCAGCGUCGCUGUUGAGGAGGAGGAGGGGAAGAGGGGGGGAGGUAUGUGGAGGGGUGGGGCGUUGGGGUGGUGGGCUGGGACUAGGGGGAAGGGAGGGGAGAAGGUUGGGGAUGGUGGGGACGGGGAGGCAGACGGGGAGGAUGUGUUGGAGGGGAGGGGGAUGAGGUGGGGGAUCGAUGUUGGGGAGGGGGUGGUGAGGGGGAGUUGGAAGGGGGAGGAGGGGAGGCUGGGUGGCGGUGGUGGUGGGGAGGAAAGGGUGUGA